GCCAGGGCACGAUGGCUCCCCACAGCCACACUGACCUCAGCGCUGACCGACGGGGGGGAGGGAACAGCUUUUAUUUUAUCUGUUCUCUCAGCCCUUUCAAGCACUUUCUCCUGCUCACAGCCUAGUGGAUGGGUGUGUCAAGGUUCCUCUUAUCUCUGUUUGCCUGGGCAUUAAAUGAUAGUAUCUGCCAUCUGGACAGAUUUGCAUAUUCAGUAUUGACACCUAGUCCCCUCCCCACACUGGUCUAUAAAUGCCCCAGGCGCGGCCAGUGUCCCAUGCAGGCUGCACUUGUUCCAACCUUGCACCAGAGCAGCUACGCAGAGAGACAAUCAGGGGAAGCGAGAAGAUGGGGCCAGUCGCCUACUUCAGCCUCUGCCUCCUCGGCUGCCUGAUCUUUAACCCCUCGCUGGAAGGAAUAGGGGCCAUAUCCUGUCCCGAAGACUGGAUACAAUACAAAGACUUCUGCUAUGGGUUCUUCUCUGACAAGAUGACCUGGUCGGAGGCUGAGGUAGAGUGUCAGUAUCACCGCAAGGGGGCCCAUCUCGCCUCCAUUCUCAAUGAGGCAGAAGGGAACACGGUGGCCAAAUACAUCAGCAUGUCACACUCCCCCACGGAUCGUGUCUGGAUCGGACUGCAAGACCCUCGACAGAACAGACACUGGAGGUGGACCGAUAGCUCCCUGUAUAGCUACAGUGCGUGGUACGCCGGGGAACCAAACAAUCAAGGUGGUGUUGAGUACUGCACUGAGCUGCUGAGCCACACAGGUUUUAAGAACUGGAACGAUACUCCCUGUAACAACCAAAACGGCUACGUUUGCAAGUAUGAACUGUAGCGAGGGGAGUCACUCGCCUGCGCCUGAAGGGGGAGCUCAGCGCCUGGGAUGCAAAAGAACUGGGCUCCUUGGGCAUGAUCAGGCAACGUCCCAGACUUUCCGAUGCCUUUGCUGCAUGGAGGGCCUGUCCCCUCCCUCCCCGAGAGACCAGAUCUCACUUCCCCAGCUGCAA